CUACUCAUGACUGUCACUGAUCAGUCGAAAGCAAAUUUUUAAAAGGAAGAUUCUAUUUACUAGUUUGUUUGUAUGUUUUUAAUGAAAAAAUGGAAGAAUUGGCUAAGCUUUUCGAUUCCUAUAAUGGUCGCGAUAGCAUUGUUCGUACAGCUAGCUAUUUGUCGCUGUAUUUAAGUACUUAUACGAAAGGGAGUCUCUCUCAAAAAUUGAAACUUAUCAACAGGGAACUCAGCUACUGCAGAUUACUAAUGCGACUCUUUGAUGACUUUCCAAUGCUUCGUUACUCAAUUAAUUACGGAUUAGGAUCUGAGGAGAAAACUGGUCUCUUGCGUGUGUUAGGUGUUGUGAAAAAUAUGCUGGAUCAGAUUUAUUAUCCUAUUGAGCAUAUAGCAUUAGCUGCAGAUCAUCAUUUUCUGAAAGUUAACAGUGGCAGCUUCUAUACAGCUGGAACAAUUAUAUGGGGUUUAUCAUGCUAUAUAGAUAUGAUACGAUCACUUAUAAUGAUGGCCAUUUUGCAAGGACAGACAAAAGGUUUGAAGAAUGUUGUUUUGCAUGAGAAGAUAGUAGCAAUGCAACUAGAAUACCUUCUUCUGGGUUUUAAAGAUGCUGCAGAUCUUGCACUUGCCAUUUACUAUUUGCCUUAUGGAAGCUUUUUGUGGGCUGGCAAACUAAGCAAAAGGAAUGUUGGAUUAUUUGGUACUAUUUCAUCUCUGAUAAGGGUGGUAAUGUUGCUUAGAAGCUUGAAAAAUGAAAAAUCUGCUUCAUGAACUGCAACCUCCAAGAGAUCUGUAAAUGAAUUAUUGUAUUGUCUAUAUUCAAUAUUUAUAUGUUAGGUGUGAAAAAAUAUUUUACAUUGAUUCACAGAGGUGCCUUUGCACUUCUGUACUGAUUUUUUUAUUUUAAGGUAUUUUGCAACAAAACCUCCUGUGAAAAAUGCCAUACUUAUUUAUAUGGAAUGAAUAUAUCUACCUCUGAAUCUAUUGUUCUCUUGUAUAGAUUUUUUUUGCAAACUAUAUGAACAAAUGCUUGUUGAUGUUUGUUUUUAAGUUGUAUUUAUUUCUGUAUUUUUUAAGUUACAAUUGUCUUGUUCAUUUUUUUAAAUUUUAGUUAAACUUCAAUAAAUAAUUUAAUAACCAUUUUAUUUGUUUUAGUUUAAAAUGGGGAUUAAUAUCACUAUAAACUGCUGAAUCAAAUCAGCUUAGGAAAUGAACCUAAAUAUAUAUAUAUAUAUAUAUAUAUAUAAAUCUUUUAUUAGAUAUUGGCAAAAGAUAUUGAUGCUCUUUCAACAAAAUUUAUUUGAUCCUGCAAAUUUUUUUAAUAAUUAAGAAAUAUUAAAAUUUUGUUGAUUAUGUAACUUUCCUGGCAUCUUACUAUUUCCUUAAAUGUAAAAAUAAAUAAACAGUUACAUUGAAAUUACUUGCAUUUUGGAUUUCAUUUGGGUUUUUACAUUCAGGAGGUUUAGUUGCAUUACUAAGUCUGUUUGUGAUAAAAAUGUUUUCUUUUUUUUUAUAAUUAGCUACGCUAUAUGUAUUUUUGUGAAAAGUAUUCUGAGAAUACAUAGUGAAGUUCCAGUCAUAUUUAUAAAUACUAUUUAUCGUGCGACUUUCUCUCCCUGAAACAAAGCAUUGUUUUGUGAAAAUUGUUUUACGUAAAAUAUAGUGUGUGUGUGUAUGUGUGGAUAAUACUUUUUUUUUUUAAUUGUUUCUGAUUCAGCUAUUUUAGUUUGCAUUUAAAAAUAUUUUUUAAUUUUUUUAAAAAAAUUAGUUAGAAAGAUGUUUAUUAUAUAGUGUGGAUAUAGCCAUUUUCCAAGUGUGAAUCUGUGUGUUUUGAUGAGUUUUGAAAAAUCCUAUUUUCUAUUUUAACAUAGAUAAAUAAUAAAACUUGCAACUACCAAAAAAAUUUUUUUAUGUGAAUUAUGUGUACUUUAUUAUAAAUAAUGUUGUUGUAUUUUGUACUAUGAACUUUCUCUAUAGUACAAUUAAAUCACAAGUUAUGAUAAAAAUAUUCUUCAUUUUCAUCUUUCUCAAACCACAUAAAUUUCAAACUUUUUUGCAAAUUUCCAGUUAAGAAAUAUUAAUGAAGUAUACUUCAUUUUAAAUUUCAUUAUGCAUUGAGAUAU